CUCCUUUUCGGCCAUAGCUGCCUCCACACGAACAUGCCUCUCGCAAGGGAUCUCCUACAUCCCUUCCCUGAGGAGGAGGAGAGGAAGCAUAAGAAGAAGUGCCUGGUCCAGAGUCCUAACUCUUACUUCAUGGAUGUGAAAUGCCCAGGUUGCUACAAAAUCACAACUGUGUUCAGCCAUGCUCAGACAGUGGUUUUGUGCAUCGGCUGCUCGACUGUGCUGUGCCAGCCCACUGGGGGAAAAGCAAGGUUGACAGAAGGAUGCUCCUUCAGGCGAAAGCAGUAUUAAAUUACCCAGAUGCUUGUUCCGGAUGGGUGGGGCUACGUGCACGGUCACCAGCUCAGACGCUGAAGAACUCAAGAGCGUGGAGGGAACGCGAUAUG